UCUCCAGUGUAGUGGACGACUAACGACCUGAUGAGCUGAGCUCCGAUCCGGAUCCAUCCUCUAUUUAAACUGGCCCCUGCUGGUGAUCCUGCUCAUUCCCCCACAGCACAAAGCAGCUAGACAUCCACUCAGCUCACACACUGCAGCUAGCAUUUGCUUAGCUUAGCAGGAGCAUCAUAUCGAUAAUAAUAAUACAAUGACAAUGGCUUUGAUGAUGAAGAACAACAGGAUGCAGGCGGUGGUGGCGUUGGCCGUUGUCAUGGCAGCUGCGGCGCUGGUGGCGUCGGCGUCGGCGGCCAUCACGUGCGGGCAGGUGGGUUCGGCGCUGGCGCCGUGCAUCCCGUACGCGACGGGGAAGGCGAGCGCGCUGCCGUCGUCGUGCUGCGGCGGCGUGCGCAGCCUGAACAGCGCGGCGCGCACGAGCGCGGACCGGCAGGCGGCGUGCCGGUGCCUCAAGAGCCUGGCCAGCACCGUCAAGUCGGUGAACAUGGGCACCGUCGCCACCAUCCCCGGCAAGUGCGGCGUCUCCGUCCCAUUCCCCAUCAGCAUGUCCACAGACUGCAACAAGGUCAACUAAAUUAAUGGAAUAUAUGUACAUACCAGCUGAUCGACGAUGACAAGCUUGGUGACGUCGUCCUUCACAAGAUAGCUGCUACGAGGCAGCUAUAUAUUUAAUUAGGAGAAUAAAAUAAAGUUGUUAUCAAGGCAUCAGCAUCAUCUAUACUAUUAUGUAUGUAUGUAUGUAGUAAUUAAAUGCAUGUUGUGCUCGAUCUGUGUGUACGUGCGCAUAUAUAUACAUGUGUACAUGCCUUUGUACGAUCGAUGUUAUGUGCACAUGUAUGCUUGUGUGUCCUGCUGUAAUAAUCGAGACAGAGAACUGCUGCUACACUGUUAGUUCAGUGCUGCUUCGACUGGCCUA